CUUGCUUCGAUCCUCGCCGUGAGGAGAGCUGCUAUUUGUGCCAGACAUCUCUGGCGCCAGAUACUACUGACGAGCGAUCUAAAGCAGACGUGUUUUCGUACUCAGCGCACCGUCGCACGAGGAACUGAUAACCACAGUGAAAGAAGCAAACUGCAGUCUGUGCUCGCAUACUACUUGCCGUCAAGCUUUCACGUUGUUUAUUUUUGCAAUACGUGAAAGUUUUGCGAAGUGUAAAAACAAAAGACAAUAAAGCAGCACAAGUGCAUCAAUUGACAGCUGUCGAGCAAGGACCAGCAGUACCCUUGUUCGAACCAGCCGUGCGUGACUUUACCACACCGGUGGACUUCGUAGAGUGGUUCGAAGCUUUUGGGAGGGUAUCCACAAUCCCUCCCGUCUACGAGCGCCAAACGGCCAUCAACAUUUCCAUUGAGCACGGGGUCGAAGUCAAAGGUUUAGAAACAUGCAAGUUAAAGCAUCGUCAGUCAUCUGCUUCUCGUGGCGUGAGAUCGCAGACGCAUCUACCCAUGGCGGACCUCUUCGCCCCGGUGAAAGUGGAGACGAUUCCCUUGUUGAGUCCGACGAUGGAACUCGAAUUGAUGCGCGAACCAUGGUCAUUCCCUCGCGAGCCAGCGAGUUACGCUAUUGUCAAUCCCGUUACAAAUCAACCUCAAGAGCAGCAGCAAACAACGCAUUUAACUCAGCAACAAUUGAACGUCAACGCUACAACCCCAUUGUCCGCUUGGGAGGAGAACUUCCAGGAUCUAAGUGGCUGGUGCAUAGCCGGCAUUCAAGCCCGAUGCGAUUUUCCUGUAGGUGAAUCGAUCAUGGCUUCUAAACUCACAGAUACAAAAAAUGAGGGCAAUAGCGACGUCUUGAUUGUUGAUGACGGGGCGACAAGGGAUCUAAUGAAGACAAAUAAUAAUCACAACAACAAUCUUGGCGGCACGAGCGACGGAGUCGACUUACCGCCACAGCAUGACCAUGCUUAUACAUUAGUUGAUCAUCAGCAACACCAUCAUCAUCAACAGCAAAAUAUGUAUUUCAACAACACUAUUAACACAAAUAGCAAAAGCAGAGCCAUUAACACUUGGAUGAAUUCAAAAGACAUCAAGCCGGAGACAAACGCGAGUAAUAACGUUUGGCAAGAGCUCACUGAUCUUGGUAUCAUUGCGAUACCCAGCGGUAACUCUACCACUGCAACCAUUACAACUGCACCGAUAUAUCAGCCGAAAGCUACAUCUGAUGAGCUUAAAAUGAAACCGGACGUCUUCCAGUCGAUAGAGACUGAUGCGCCCAGUAACUUUGAUUUGCUAUCUUAUCUCAUCGAUGAAGACAUUCCAUCGCCGAACGACAGCAUAUCAACGAAUUCAUCGAGAGUGACUGACAUCAUAAGCAUGCCAUCGACCAACUUGCCCGCUCAUAUAGUAGUAUCACCGCGAACGUACGAACCGAUAGCUAUUUCUGCACCCAACACACCCAGCGAUGCGCUCAAAGCUCGACUUCAAACUGUGGAUUCACCUCUGCCACAUGAAAGUCCUAAGCACUCUCCACAUUCAUCUACGUCAUCCGAGGUCACGGCGCCAACGCGACACUCGUACCGACAACUACGCAACAUCAUUAAAAUCGAGAAACCUGACAGCCCACCUACACCAGUGGAAAGGCGAUCAAUGCGACCUCGGAGAUCACGAACAAUUUCGAGUACGAGCAGUUUCAGCGGAAGUAGUCGAGGUAGAAAGCGUACACUCGAUGAAAGUGAGGAUGACGAUGAGGAAGAUGAGGGUUACAGAGAGGUGCGUGAAAAAAACAAUGAGGCAUCGCGAAAAUCGCGCAUGAACAAGAAAGCCAAGGAAAUGGAAAUGGCCAGGCGAUCAGUCGAACUGGAAAAAGACAACCGGAUACUGAAGAUGAAGGUCGAAGAACUCGAGAAACUAGUUAACUCGAUGCGCAAUGCUCUGUUGCGCUCGGCCCUCAAAAGGGAUGUCAAAACCACUAAUAUGUUCUGAAGCGUUUUGACCCCCUCUGAAACAGGGUUCAGCUUUUGAUUUUUAAUCUUUCUUUUCUAUUUACGUUGACGUGUCGCUGCCAUGGCAGUGUUGGUUGAUUCUGAAUUUUAAUAAUUUCGAUCGAGGAACGAAUAUACGUAAUCAUGUGCAUUUCCAACUAUUCGGGAGAGAUUUAUUUAUAUUUUUACAACAAUUUAUCUGCUGUGAAAGGAGACAUUUCUAAGAUGCGUGGUUUUAUGCAAACGCUUUGAUAAUUCUGUGAUACACAGUUGGACAUUGACAGUGAAAAAUCAAUGAUUUAUGAUUUACAAGCAAUUAAAUAUAUUAUUGUUCCUAUUAAAAAGACACAAUAUGUUUUGCAUUAUAUAAAUAUAUCCAACUGUGUACUCAUUUAAUAUAAGAUGAUAAUUGUACGUAACUAAUGAGUUACGUGUUCUAUUAUUUUUAAUUAUUAGACACUGCUAUAUGAUAUAACAAGUAGCUGUCAACAUAAAUGUUGACGAAAACGUUAUUUUGAAAGUUCACAAAGAUAGUUAUGCCUUGAAUUUCAUUUUUAAAAUUAUACCAUUGAUAUUGUAUUUUUCACUGCAGACGACCGUAUUCGGAUGUUUACAUACAGAGUACAUUCGGUCGGUAUAUGGGUCCCAUACGCGUGAACAGCUCCUCCUAGUGUAGUAGUGCUAUUAUAUAAGAGGAGGCAGGAGACGGGAUUGAUUACACUGGAGGAUGACUCACCCUUUAGUAAAACUUUCACUCAUCACAUGGGGUGUAGGUUAGCUAAAUGAAUAGUAGUUUUACUUUGACCCGACAAAGGCAUGGUUUUGACAGCACAUGUUUGUGCCAGCCGUUUCAAUAGCAUUGACAGUGUUCUUAAUAAAAGACUUGGAAAACCAAAAUUUUAUUUAUUAUAAUUAAUAUAUUAUAAUCUGCGUGUAGAUGCGUCGUUUAUUACUCAUUUACCCCACCGAGUGUGCUCUAUAUGUAAAACUCCGAAUACGGCCACUUGCAGUGAAAAUAACUAAUUAUUCUCUAUAUUAUUUACUAAUUUUGUUUUUAUUUUAUGGGAAUUUGGAUGAAUUGUAUAUGUAAUUUAUGUUAAUUUCUGUCGAAGUUUUUAAAUGACAGUGACUUUAUGAUAAGCACCAAGUGAAACUCGCAUGUGUUUAUUAGAUUUUAUUGACCAAGCAAUUGAACCUUACAAUAUAAACAAAAAAAAAGACAGAAUAUUUUGCAACGAUGAAAAUUUUAUAUUUUUAGAAAACACAGCGAUAUGUAAAUUUUAUUUUAAAAUUUGAAAAAAUCUAAUUUAUAUUUUUCAUAGAUAAUAUACACAGUUAUAAAUUACUUGAAAAUAAAUAAAUUAUAAAAUAGA